AUGGAGCCAGCUGAGGAGGCUUCGCUUGGCCCAGGCACUGUGGCCAAAACAGAACCUUCUGACCUAAGCACAGCGCUCACUGACAUGGACCUGGAUGACACAUCAUCCGCCAUCCCAUUGGCGCCCACAGCCAGUAGGUCUGUCAAAGAGCUCUUGCUUGAGGACACUGCAGCCCAGCUGAAGCGGGCUGGUGGCCCAGUGCAGUACUUGAGGCGCAACUUGCUAGCUGACUCAGAGUUAGUGGGCUUUGGCAACUGGUUGUGGGAGCAAUUCCCAGAAUCCGAUGAGUAUUUGUAUCAGCAUACUUCAGGGCUGCCAGUGACCAAGGAAUCAGACACUUCGAACAGCCAACCUUUGCUGGUUCAUGUUGCAGCUCUUGGAUAUGAUCCAACAUGCUCUUUGAAACCAAUGCCUGGCCAAAGCCAAUGUCUUGCACUGGUGGAGCAGUUUUUGGUUGAUGGAUUCCUGACCUCCACAACUGAUUGUGGUCCGCUUUUGGUUUUGGAACGAAUUGUGGGAAAGAAGACCCAGGCUGCUCUCCCAGACUUGUGGCAAGACUCUGCCUCCAUGAUGGACCAGCUCCCGCCCUUUUCUUUGGGAUACUUGAAAGGCUUCACCAGGGCUACUUCUUUGCUCUUCCUUUUGCAUCGCAUUUGGGUGAUGCACAUUCCAGUCCGUGAGGAGUUGCCGCAUCUUCACGAGUCAGUGCUGCGAUUGCACUGUUUCCAUGUGAAGCCGGAAUCUCGAAUGGAAGAGGCAUUGACUAACAUGAAGAUGUCAUGCCGGGGUUCCCUUCGCAAACCGACCAAUUUGGUGCAGGCAGUGAUGAUGAUCUCCAACCUGCACAGCAUGGGCCACACAGACCACAUGGCCUUCAUCAGAAAGUGGAACAGCCAAGCUGCUAAACAAUUCCAAUUUGUUGGGAAGCGCAAUGUGGCAUUGAGGCUCUUGUUUGAAGAAGCGCCAAAGGCUGUGCUCAGUGUCAUUUUGGAUCACGUGUCGGAGCUGGGGUGGGAAAACAGCACUUGGACGGAUGAUAAUCUGUCGAGCAAGAAACUGUAUCCAAAAUUCCAGUUUCCAGCACGUUCCAAGAAAUGGUAUGCCCGAAUGAAGACCUCUGAGACCAGCAUGGCUUUGGCUGUUGAGUUCUUGCAAACCAGAUUCUUGGCCAAGCAGAAGCACUUCCGGCAGAAGCCUGAUGUGAAUCAGGUUGAAGAGACUUCUUUGAAGGCAGCUGUGGCUGUCAAUUUGCUGGAGGAAUUUCUCAACAUGGUCCCGGUCGACCCAGUCAAGGCCCAGAAAGAGUGGCUGGAAGCAUGGAGCUCUGGAGACAGCAAGAUUGACAUCGAAUUGGAUGGCCUGAUCUUGGAAAAAUCUGACAGCCUUGACUUGCGACAGAUUCCUACUUUCAAGCGCUUGAGUGAUGAACAUUGCUUCACAAAGCCGAUGGCCAAGACUCAGCACCAAGAAGCAAGUCUGCAGUGGGAUGAAUACAACCUCUUGGUCAAACAGAUCGAAUACGAUGAGCAGGUGUUCAAGACCUAUGAAAAGAAGAUUGCUGCAGUCCAGGCUUCAAGGGACCAUGCUAGCUUCAAAUGGAAAGUUGACCGCAGAAACCAAUGCUUAGAAGCAGCUGAGUUGUUCAUGGAAAGCUGCUGUCGGAUUCUGUCUUGGGAUAAGAAGGCUGAAAAAAACAUUGCUGAGGCGAUGAACUUCAAGCGACAAGUCAUCAUGGCCAAGUUGGGCCUUGACCAUGUGGGACAGAUCCCCCAGGUUGUCUUCUUGAACUCCACAGCCCCAUGUUUACACUCCAGCACGACUCAGACCAAUGCUGUGGAACUCUUGACUUGGGCCCUGGCUGACAACAUGCAAUCGGUGGCCAUGGUCUUGCAACCAGUGUUCACUUACCAGAAAGGACGUUUGGUUCUUGAAGAACGGAGUCUGUUGGAUGCGCUUUGUCGUGGCAACCACAAUGUGGACUGGACUUUUGCAGCUUUGUUCAAUGAGAAAUGUGAUUCCCGAGACUUGCGGCCAAUGUGCUACAAUGGUCGCUUUGUCUACCCCAGCCCUUUGGACCUUGCCAAGAAUUGCUUCUGGACAUGUGACCUUCGGCGUUUGCAACGCACGUCUGAGAUCCCGCAACUUGCUGCCAAGGACAUGAAAGAGAUUGAGAAUUUGGACCCAGACUCAGUUCCUGACACCACUGACCAUUCCAACCGUGUGAAAGGAGCCAGCAAGUAUUCCCAAUUGGGAACCCCUGCUUGCAAAGAACUUUGGGAUUCAGUGUUGCGAGGGUCCACUCACGAUGAAGUUGGCCCAGCCGUGUUGCUGUUGGACUUGCAUGUCGGUGUUGGCGACAUGUUGCAGGCUUUCUGUUCUUUGCGAAGCUCACGCCCGAACACCUUCUACCUUGGCUUCUGUGAAGACGCCAAUGAGACCAUGUAUGUGGAGCAGUUGAUGAAAGAGAAUUUGGCAGACAUGUAUGCCCAAGGCCACCCUUUGCCAACUGGAGAGAAACUGGCAGAGAAUGUCCCGAGUGACUUGCUUGAGAGCUUGCCUGGCGUUCCCCGCGUGAACGUUCUUGCAUGCCAGCUUCAUUGGUGCAGCAAUGGCGUGGCCAUGCUGUGGUUGGCAACCAGUUUCAAAAGUUCUUGGACGCCUUUUGUGAAUCCUACUCAGUGGUGGAGACCAAGGCCACCACAGCUGAGACCGGAACACCAUCUGAUCCAAACAAGCGAGGUGCAGAGGAGACAGCCGGCGUGA